GGCAUUUAGCUUGGCAAUAUGGCGUCGGCCGGGCGGCUGAGGCUGCCGCUUUUUCUCUUCCAGACUAUGCUGGGUUUCUGAGGCUGACCUGCCCUGGGUAUGGGCCCUCUGUCGCCGCUCAGCUUCCUGUGGGGACUCCUCCUGCUGCAGGACGUCCUGAGGCCGCUGCAUGGGGACCCGGUUUUCAUCCCACCUUUCAUCCGGAUGUCCAGCCCUGAGGUUCGGGCGUCCCUGGUCGGAGGUAGCGAGGAUGUCACCGUGUCUCUGACUCCGCUGCAGAUCGAGGAAGGGGUGUUGCCGGGUCCUACUUGUGGUGGCCUCAGCAAUGAGACAUCGGAUUGGAAUGUGACCGUGAGCCCUGGCGUGAACACGCUGGAAGUGACCGUCAGGUGGAAGAGGGGUCUGGACUGGUGCUCCGCAGAUGAGCCGGCCUCGUUCUCAGAGCCCCCGUGCAUCGUGCACACUCUGCUGGUUUCGGCAUCCCACAAUGCAUCCUGCUUAGCACAUCUGCUCAUCCAGGUGGAGAUUUAUCCCAACACGUCUGUAACCCACAAUGCAUCAGAGAACGUGACUGUCAUUCCUAACCAAGUCUAUCAGCCCCUGGGUCCCUGCCCGUGCGACUUGACAGCUAAGGCCUGUGACAUUCGAUGCUGCUGUGACCAGGACUGUCAGCCUGAAGUAAGAGAGCUGUUCGCAGGGUCUUGCUUCUCCGGCGUGUUUGGAGGGCACGUCAGCCCUCUGUUCCACCAUCGCUGUGCAGUUGGCACUGCUCACCAGACUCCUGACUGGUUUCCCUUCCUGUGUGUGCAGUCGCCACCCUCCACCUCGCCGUUCCUCGGUCACUUCUACCACGGUGCCACUACCCCCAGACAGUCCCCUUGCUUUGAAGCCUAUUUGCACUUCGACCUAAGAGACUUUGAUGAUGCCAGUUACAAACAAGGAGAUCCCAUCAUGACCACGAAGGGCUAUUUUACCAUCCCUCAGGUGUCUCUAGCUGGGCAGUGUCUACAGGAUGCUCCCGUGGCUUUCCUGAGGAAUUUUGACAGUAUGUGCACCAUGGACCUGGAAGUGCACCAUGGACAGGAUGGAACUGUCCCCGAGAGCAUGAGGAUCCGCACGACAGGAGGCCUGGUCACACCCACGGUAACCUACGAGGAAGCCGGUGACCUGGACAAGCUCAUCACCAGCCCAGACACAAUUCUAAGCGCCGGCUCGGCCCCCAGAAAUGUGAAUGUGGAAGAGCAUUAUGUUUUCAGAUGGCAAAAUAAUUCCAUCAGCGGCCUAGACAUCACAAUCAUCAGGGCAGAAAUCAGCGCCCACCAGAGAGGAACAGUGACCCAGAGAUUCACAGUGAAGUUUUUAAGUCAUAGCAGUGGUGGUGAGAAGGAAUUUUCUGGAAACCCAGGUUACCAGCUUGGCAAGCCGGUGCGAGCCCUGCAUGCCAAUGGGAUGAAUGUCACCACGUUGCACCUCUGGCAGCCAGCUGGACGGGGCCUGUGCACAUCGGCCGCUCUGAGACCUAUUUUAUUUGGAGAAAAUGCCUUCUCUGGCUGCCUUUUGGAAGUUGGGAUUAAGGAGAACUGUACGCAGCUCAGAGAGAAUGUCCUUCAGAGACUGGGUUUGCUGAUUCAGGCAACGCACGUUGCGAGGAGAGGCAACUCGGACUCCAGCGAUCUGAGCGAUGGCUGGCUGGAGGUCAUACGAGCCGAUGCCCCAGAUCCAGACGCGGACCCGAGCAGCGCAAACGGCACAUGCCCGGAAGUUCCUGCCCAGCUCUCCAUCCGCAUCCUCACUGCUGAAGCUGGCUCCGUGGAAGGGGUGGCUCAGCGGGAGAUCCUGGCUGUGGAGACCAGGUUUUCCACAGUGACCUGGCAGUACCAGUGUGGGCUCACCUGUGAGGACAAGGCCGACCUGCUCCCUCUCAGCGCCUCCGUGACGUUCAUUAACAUCCCUGCGCAGAUGCCCCGCCCCCCGACGAGAUUCCAGAUCAACUUCACAGAGUACGACUGUGCCCGGAAUGAGCUGUGCUGGCCCCAACUUCUGUACCCUCUGACCCAGUAUUAUCAAGGGGAGCCCCGUUCUCAGUGUGUGGCCAAAGGCCUGAUGCUGUUGCUGCUCCUCCUGUUGGCCAUACUCCUCAGGCACCCUUGGGUCGGGAUGUGCAGAGCCUGGUACUCAGCUCCCAGCUGCCAUUAAGUUUUCUCAAAGACUCGGAGCAUCCACUCAGUGGCUCCCCAUAGGCCUGAAUGCAUCUCUGAAACCUGUUUGUUUGAGACAGGGUCUCUCUGUGUAGCCCUGGCUUGUUUCUAAGCUCAUAGAGAUCUGCCUGUCUCUGCCUCUGGAGUGCUAGAUUAAAGGCACGUUCCACCAUGCCUGGCCUAUUCGAAACAUUUUAAUAAACAAAAUAUCUAUUUUUGUACAAA